CGAGAGAGGGGGGGAAAGGGUUGGAAAUGGAGAGGGGGGAACGGGGAGGAGCGAGAGAGGGGAACGGGGAGGAGCGAGAGAGGGGGGGAAAGGGUUGGAAAUGGAGAGAGGAGAAUGGGGAGGAGGGAGAGAGGGAGGGGGAAAGUGUUGGAAAUGGAGAGGAGAAUGGGGAGGAGGGAGAGAGGGGAACGGGGAGGAGGGAGAGAGGGGAACGGGGAGGAGGGAGAGGGGAACGGGGAGGAGGGAGAGAGGGGAACGGGGAGGAGGGAGAGAGGGAGGGGGAAAGGGUUGGAAAUGGAGAGAGGGGAACGGGGAGGAGGGAGAGAGGGGAACGGGGAGGAGGGAGAGAGGGAGGGGGAAAGGGUUGGAAAUGGAGAGAGGGGAAUGGGGAGGAGGGAGAGGGAGGGGAAAGGGUUGGAAAUGGAGAAUGGGGAGGAGGGAGAGAAGAGAACGGGGAGGAGGGAGAGAGGGGAAUGGGGAGGAGGGAGAGAGGGGAACGGGGAGGAGGGAGAGAGGGGAACGGGGAGGAGCGAGAGAGGGGAACGGGGAGGAGCGAGAGAGGGGAACAGGGAGGAGCGAGAGAAGGGAACGGGGAGGAGCGAGAGAGGGGAACAGGGAGGAGCGAGAGAGGGGAACGGGGAGGAGCGAGAGAGGGGAACGGGGAGGAGCGAGAGAGGGGAACGGGGAGGAGCGAGAGAAGGGAACGGGGAGGAGCGAGAGAGGGGAACGGGGAGGAGCGAGAGAGGGGAACGGGGAGGAGCGAGAGAAGGGAACGGGGAGGAGCGAGAGAGGGGAACGGGGAGGAGCAAGAGAGGGGAACGGGGAGGAGCGAGAGAGGGGAACGGGGAGGAGCGAGAGAAGGGAACGGGGAGGAGCAAGAGAGGGGAACGGGGAGGAGCGAGAGAGGGGAACGGGGAGGAGCGAGAGAAGGGAACGGGGAGGAGGGAGAGAGGGGAACGGGGAGGAGCGAGAGAGGGGAACGGGGAGGAGCGAGAGAGGGGAACGGGGAGGAGCGAGAGAGGGGUACGGGGAGGAGCGAGAGAGGGGAACGGGGAGGAGCGAGAGAGGGGAACGGGGACGAGGGAGAGAGGGGAACGGGAGGAGGGAGAGAGGGGAACGGGAGGAGUGGGAGAUGGAGUUGUGUUUCGAUGUGCUGUGGGGAUUAUACUGACACAUGGCCCAGUGUGGAAACACUGUCUUUGAACGGAAAAGCCUACACAAAGGACGGGGCGCGAGUCCGUGAUCGGCUCCCUUUCUCGCCGAUUGAAGCGUUUGCGGGAUUGAAAUCAACGGGGACGAGAGCGGAAGGCGGGCGGGUGGACAAAGUUCAAAGUGAAUGUUGCUAUCAAAGUACAGAAAUGUCACCCUGAGAUUCAUCUGUUUGUGGGGCAAAUCUGAAGGGCAGUAACUGUAACAGGGUCAAUGGAAGAUCAACCGGAGUGCAGAGAACAGACUGUGUGCAUGAAAAUGUCAACAAAUAGCAAUAAAUAAGACCGUCCUUAACGUGGCGUCAUUGGUCAUGGGAACAUCUCAGUGAUGGGGAAGUGGGUGCAGUUAUCCCCUUUUGUUCAGGAGCAUGAUGGUUGAGGGGUUGUAACUGUUGUUAAACCUGGUGGGGCGAGUCCUGAGGAUCUUGAACCUACUACCUGAUGGCAGCAGUGAGAGGAGAGCACGGUCCAGUUGGUGGGGUCCCCGAAGCCGGUUUGCUGCUUCCCUACGACAGUGUUUCCUGUAGAUGGGCUCAUGGUUGGGAGGUUUCCCUGUGAUGUACUGGGCCGAUUCCACUACUUUUGGAAAGAUUUUCCAUUCCAAGGCAUUGGUGUUUCCAUACCGGGACAUGCUGCAGCCAGUUAAUACGGUCAGGUCCCGGUCCGUUGACUCCUCAUUUCAGUUAAUUUCCUUUUCCCCGUGUCCUACUGGGCUCCUUGAUUAGGGCAGCUGAUUCACAACGAACCGGCAGCAUAAAAGUUCCGGUUUACAUCUACUCGGAGCUGUCCGACCUCUGAGUAGUUCGGCAAUGCACGUUCCGGGUCGCCGGGAAUACUGGACUCCAGGUUGCUUCAGGGCCUGGGGUUGCCUUCUGAAUCCUCUCAUUUACAUGUCCAGCCGAAUUUAGCCAGCCAUUUGCCUCAACUCUGAAUCGAGAUAGGAAUUGUCUGUCAUUGUUUGGCUUUGUCGUCUCAUGUGCCAGUCCGAGUCCGGGCUCCGUGUCCCAGUCCGAGUCCGGGGCUGCUUUUCCCGUCCGAGUCCCGGGCUCCGUGUCCCAGUCCGAGUCCGAGUCCCGGGCUCCGUGUCCCAGUCCCAGUCCGAGUCCGAGUCCCGGGCUCCGUGUCCCAGUCCGAGUCCCGGGCUCCGUGUCCCAGUCCGAGUCCCGGGCUCCGUGUCCCAGUCCAGGUCCGAGUCCGGGCUCCGUGUCCCAGUCCAGGUCCGAGUCCGGGCUCCGUGUCCCAGUCCGAGUCCGAGUCCGGGCUCAGUGUCCCAGUCCGGGUCCGGGCUCCGUGUCCCAGUCCGCUACAGUGCACCGUAUACGUGUUAAUGACGUCUGGUUACUCCUAUUUUAUUGCUAUUUUGUGCGAUUGUGAUGGGGGCAGACUGCUUCUGCGGCCUGCAGUCACUGUACAACACUGAACUGUCCGAGACUGUUUCAAUGACUCUGUGGUUUCAUGUUUUAUAUUCUCUGUUUCUCGCUCAUUUUUCUGGUUGUUUGCGGGAUUUGUCCUUUUUUAUGUGUUGGGUGUUUCAUGUUUUCUGUGCAAGAACCCUGGGGGGGGGGGGUAGAAAUAAUCCUGAAUUGCGACAAAUGACGGGCAUAGUGUGGGGGGAGUGCAGACUAUUCCUGAAGCCUUUACAUUGUGACGGAGGGCGGGGGCAGAGUUGAGGGAUUUGGGGAC